AUGGUUGGUCGGAUACCGGCAAGGAGUCAGCAUGCUGCGGUGGGGCUCGUCGUUUUGCUCAGGCUGAACGCCACCAGCUCUGUCCAAGCAGCUGCGAGCGCUUCGAUUGCUUCCACCAGCUACCACACUCUUCAUUCGAGUAGCUCCUCUCCAGCAAUCCAGUCUGCAUCGUCUCAAGCUCCACAACGCUACGCUUCGAAUGAUUCGCGCACCUUCUCAUCUACCUCGACCGCCUCAGUCAGUGCACAUCGCAAGCAAGCCGGACGAGAAAAAGCUCGUCUUCGCACCCUUCGACAGGAAGAGAAGCUACUCCGGCGGCGCGAAAAGGACGGCCUGUCCGGUUCCUCCUCCUCCAAUCACCAGGACCAACGCCGAAGACCCCGUGAUCCAGUCGAAGAAGAUGUCGAGGCCAACAUACGCGAGUACAUGGCCCGCACCGGCCCACGCGGCGAACGUCUUACUCGUGCGCAGCAAGAGCGACUGCUCAAACAGGAACUCAAAGGUCUCGGGCACCAACUGGAGAAACUUGAGAAGAAGGCCAAAGCGGAUGAAGCAGCUCAAGACUUGCCGGAGCUCGACGACCAUACACUGGAGGAGCUAUACCAAGCAUUGAUGCUGCCCCCGCCUCCGACGGCGGAGGAAGUGAGGCUGGCCAGGUUGGAGGGUGGGAGAAGGGAAAAGAGCCUAGAGGAGGUGGUUGGGAGAGGUAGACAGAGAGUAGGUUCACUGGGUGGAGCUUUCGCACGAUUGCCCCCGACAAAGGCCGAGGAGAGAUGGAUGCGCACCUCAAUGGAUCUCAAGCAGAAACUGAUUGUUGCGAGGGAGAAGGGAAAGAUGCUUCUUCCGCCCUCUUCAUCGUCAGUGCAAAGAGUCGAGCAAUUACCGGUACAGGAAGCAAGUGAGCUCGAGCAAGUGGUCACCAGCGAGGUCGGAGAGGUGGAUAUGGUAGCACUGCCGUACGCAGAACGACAAGAGAUCCGACUGCAACAGCUUUUCGCGCGGCUCGCGUUGGUACACAGCGCCUCAGAUCCCGCCGAACCAUCAACAGCGGCCGAGUCCAAUGCGAGUUCACUGCAAGACAUCAAGUCUAAUCUCGCCCACCGCAUCGCCAAGAUUCUCCACGAGCAUGACUACGAGCUGCAGUCUGUCGAUCGACAGGCGACACAAGCAGCAACAGAAGAGGAUGCGCAACCCCUCCCUCCCUUCCCUGAAGUCCGACUCGACGCCCGAGCGCCAGCUCUCGAGGCCGUUGACGCUGUCCAAGCUGCUCCAUCGACGGGAGUCGCUGAUGCUGAAGUCAGAGGCAAUCUCAUCACACGGGCCGAAUCGAUGAUCAGCGACCUCAGCUCGAAGGAAUCGCGUAGCUUCAUGUUGGACUCGAUCGAGAAGCUGGUCCGCUCUGCCUCUCCAACCCCCACCUCGGCAGCAAGCCUACCACUUGGCGUGGCGACGACCGAAGAAUGGACCGCCCUUGCCAUUGCUUCCGCGAAAGCCAACGACACCGCCACGUUGUCCCGCACCAUGUCUUUGAUGCGUGCGUCCGGAUACCACCCAGCUCCCUUAUCGCUGUAUAACGAUGUGAUGGACGUCUUCGCCACCCAAGGCCAGUCGAGCCUGUGUCAGGAAUGGCUCGCACAAAUGUCACAGCUCGGACUGGAACCGGACAAUCACACGUACCACAGCUUGACGAAGGCGUACGCCAACACGGCGCAGUUCUUGCCCGCAAUUGAGCUGCUCAACUCGCUCGAGACCAGCGGACGCCCAGCAUCAAUGGCGACGUACACGCUGAUGAUCGAUCGACUGCUCGACCCUGUCCCCUCCUCGGCUUCUGGCGGACUAGAGGAGGAGCGACCCGAGCUGCAGGCACUGGCAUGGAAUGUAUUUUACCACAUGCGGUUGCACGCGCACGCGGUCCCGGACGCGCCGCUGUACGCUCUCAUGAUCCGGGCAUGCGCACGCGGUGUCCCGCAGCCACAUGAUAUCGACGAUCCCACCCAGCCGUACAGUUCUCUCGAUCCAACGGCAUCCACUUCGCCGUCGAUGCAUAAGCUGAAGAUCAGCGACGCAGAACGAGCGCUCGACCUCUUCCGCGAGAUGACCACGCGCUACUCUGUUCGCCCCAACGCCGAGGUGUACAAUGCGCUGAUCCUCGCCUGCUCUCGACGCAAGGAAUUCUACCUCGAAGCUUUCAGACUGCUCCGCGAGAUGGUGGAGCUCGAACAGGAACGUGUGGGGCUCGAUCAGGGUUUACGAUUCGCGCCGGAUCGGUAUACAUUUAACGCGCUGCUGCAAGGUUGUGCGCGGAGUCGGGACCUACCGCGAGCGAGGUGGGUGUUGGCGGAGAUGAUUCGGACGACAAUGGGGCUGUUUGAGGACGGGGCGAGAGAGGGAUUGCGGAGGGAGGAGGUGAUGGAGCUGUGGGCGAAGAGGCCGAACGAGGAGAGCAUGUGUCAUGUCUUCCAUUCGUAUGCGUCGUACGUCCCGCCGCUCAAGAGAGCGCUCUUGCAGAAGCAAGGAGAUGCAGCGGGUGGCCCAGGAGCGUCGCCUGUCACCACUGCCGGCACGGAUGCAGACCCUACAACGGACACGGCGAGCUCAACUCCAGCUGUCGUAUCCCAAUCGCCAACCGAUGUCACGCCCACACACACCGCCGAAGACGAAGGUACGACUCCCGAAGAAGCCGCGCACAUCUUUUCCGCCCUUGUUCCGCAGACCGCAGCCGACCUGGUCUCCGAGUCGCGCUCGCUCUUUGCACGCGUCCUUGCUGACCAGCCGACCGCCAACGUCGAGGGCCCCCUUGGCGCAGUCACCCCCGGUGUGCGGCUCGUGAACGCGUACUUGACAGUGCUGGCUGCGCACCUGCCGGCGCAUCAGCGGGCUGCCGUGCUGCACUCUACGCUGUCCCCCGCCGCCAAAGGGAUCGGUGAGGAGGGUGCAGAGGUGGGAUCGCUGGAGCACGCGCUGUUCGCUAGGCUCGGGCUGGAGCCGAACGAGCACUCGUAUCGAAUUGUGCUGGAGAGUCUGAGCGAUGCUGAUGCUUCGAUCGACCGAGGAGUGGUCCACGAAGUGUGGGAUCGGUUCGCGCGGUUCAUGUCCUACCCUGGCCAUGCAAUUGUGCAGACAGAAACGUCCGCCCUCGUGUCCGCAGACUCAUUGCGAGUACUGUACCCGGUCGACGCAGCACAGGUGACCAAAUGCUGGUCCGCAUACAUCCACUAUCACGCCAAAAACUCCGCCUCAGACGGCUCCGGGCUGGAUUCAGCCAUGUCCCUGCUUCGACACUUCGUCACGCUCUACCCGCCGCCUAUCUCCCCUGCAAGCGGCGCCAGCGGCGGCAGGAACCACAAACGCAGCCAGAAACGAGCCCAGCAAGCCAGCCGUGCCCAAGUACCCCACUUGGACCUCUCCCCCCUCCCCCUCCCCACCAAGUCGCUGCAAAGCCUGCUCACCCUCCAAUCCCCCAGAAGCGCGGAGGCAAGAACUUCUCAUUCGCACACCACGACAGAGCGCGCAAUGCAGCCAGAAGGAAGACCAACAAGCGGAUACCCAACUCUGCAGUUCCUGGACGUGCAGCUGCUCCACCACCGUCUGGUGCGUUACGCUCGCACCAAGGACCUGGCCUACCUCAGCUGGUGCUUGCACAGAUACGCCGCUGCUCGACGACAUACCUAA